CUUGGUGUUUAAAUUCUUCUCGGCCCCGGUGAGCUCACUUUGAGGCGCUUCGCUGCCGUUUGGACUCCAUGAUGGCCGUGUUUGAGGUGUACAGUCAGCCGUCCGAGAUUCGAUACAGAACCAGCGUGUGUUCCAGGGCCGCCCUGUUCGUGCUGCUGGUUUGGUUCCUAACCUACGUGCCGCCGCUGCUGGUGGCCUACAGGAGCCACGGCUUUUGGAUCAAAAGAAGCACCUACGAGGAGCAGCCGGUCGUCAGGUUCCAGUACCAGACGCUCCUGGUCGCUGCGACCAGUCCCCAGGGGAACUAUGUGGCCUGGAGCACCUUCAGCCACCUCAACAAGCUGCUGGGCCCGAACCUCCGGAUCCCCGCGGUCUCUGUGAGAGAGGUGGACCAGAACCAGGAUGGGAAACUGGACCUCCUGAUGUUUGAGCUGCAGCUACCUCUGAAGCCUGAGGAGCAGAUCUACAGCAUCCAGCUCCUGCUGACUUUCAGCUACCAGCUCUUUCGGAUGUCGACGGUGGUGAUGCAGAGUCUGGCUUACGUGCAGUACUCCUCCUCUGUCCCUGGAGCUCAGCUUUUCAUCAGUGGAGACCUGAGGCUGCAGCAGAGGACGCCGCUGUCCCACACCGGAGUCAACAACGUUUACAAUGUUUCGGUGAUUGAUGGGUCCAGUCCUUUUGCCUUUGCAUAUGACCUGAACAACAUUAUUCGGACCUACCAGGAGAGAAACUUGACCACGAUAUUGUCUUGUCCCAUGCCUGUCUGGACUGUGGGAAGGGCUGCUGGCUCCCCUUUUCAGCUUCAAGCACAGAUUCGCUACCCUGUGGAGGUCAUUAGCUAUCGGCCGGGGUUUUGGGAAACCAUCAAAUUUGCCUGGAUUCAGUACGUCAGCGUUCUUCUCAUCUUCCUCUGGGUUUUUGAGCGGGUCCAGAGAUUUGUUUUCCAGAAUCAGGUUCUGCCUACUGUACCCGUGCCAGUGGCCAAACCGCACCUCUCCUGACAGGUGGGCGUGUCUUUAGCCGCUCCCAGUCCAAUCCCCAGCCUCUUGGUCUUGCUCAGGGAUGUGCACCACAUGUAUAUUGUUUUGUAACUGAUUUUAUUGGUUGUGUAUUCUGUCCACAUAUGUGAGCUAAAGCUAGAGGAGCAGCUGGUGGUCUUCCAACCAUCAGUGCCACACGGCAGGCCAAAUCCUUUUCUCCAUGUUGGACUCUUGAUGCUAAAGAAAAGCCAAAAACAAAAACCUGCUUCACAAUGAAACUGAAGAAACUGAGAUCACUGCCUGCUCUUUUUGUCUGAUAUAGAAUCAGUCUGUGCUUUAAGACGUGUCACCCGUCACUGUCGGUUUCAGGCUCAUACCAGUCCGGACAGUCUCUCCCAGCACGGUGGAUUAGAACCAAACACAGAUGUCCACUUUUCCAGCUCAGCAGCAGGAUUAUUAUUAUAUUUAUUUAUUUUAUUUUUUGUCAAUUGGGGAUGGAAAUCAUAACCUCUGCCCUCCUCUCUCAGUUAACAAAAGCAACCAGAAGAGCGCUGACCCCAGGCACUGACUCAUACAAUGUUUAAUCCCAGGUUUUUAUGUUUGAAAUGGCAGACAAACAAAUAUGUUGAUCCAAAAAGUGCAGUCAAAUUCUGUGCAGUUUGUUUGUUGUGGUGCUUUUCUUUCUGCAUUAGAUUCCAGAUUUGGACAUUUAGAUCAGGUGUUGCUCUGAAUUUGAGCUCAGUGUCAUUUGUCGCUGUGAGGAUCUCAUUCUCAAUAGCAGAGUGAUGCAGGAUGAAGAGUGAUGUCACUUUGGACAUUACACAGCCCCAGGGGUGGACGAAGUACUCAACUUCAGUACUUAAGUGAAAGUACAGAUACUACUGGUCAAAUGUUACUCCGAUACAAGUGAAAGUUGUAUCUUUAAAGUUAUACUUAAGUGAAAGUACUGAAGCACUUGCUUUUAAAAAUACUUAAGUAUUAAAGUACAAUUUCAAUUUGCAUUUCUUAUACAACCCCUGGCAAAAAAUUAUGGAAUCACCAGUUGUUUAAUUUUGUAG